AUGAUUACCAUCAAAGAACAACUUACAGCCGACGAGCAAAUGACGCUUGAGCGUCUUUAUCCGGAAUUCAAUUUUGACUUCCGUUUGUGUCUUAAUAAGACUCAUCCGAUGGCGUCUGCUGUGCGUGUAGUUGAACAUCAUUUGAUUAUGCGGCGCUUGCAUUACAGUCGUGCGGCCGUUGAAAACAAUUAUGGUUACGACAGUUUGAUCUGUGAUAUCGGAGGAGAUGUGGCUUACCAUGUGCUUGAGAACAACGUUGGAGUUCACUGUGAUUGUCCAGCUUUGGAUCAACGUGAUUCCGUGCGCUUUUAUUCUAAGAUCAGUCGUCUGAGGUCGUUUAUUGUUGAACACGACAAUGAUCCUUUUGUGUCAUCUAAGGACAAGGCGGUCAUUGAUAUGUGCCGUGUCGUUGUUCGGGCAGCUAACGACAAAUGCGUUGAUACCGACGUCUUCUGUCGUAAGAAGGCGCAAGACUGUAUGCGGACAGCUCGUUUCGGGAUGCUCACUCCAAUUAUGAUAUUAGUCUGA